AAUUAAUUUCACACCCAUUCACAGCAAUUCACAGUCAUUCAAAAUCACUUCAUGAAUUGGUGUAUUUAAAAGAGCAAUAUUUGGGUUACAUGUCUAAAUAAUUUAAGCAAUAUUUAAGAAAUCUUUUUCUGUGUCAAUAUGUGGGCAGAUACUAUUUUAAUUGUAUUUAUAAGUAUCUGUACAGCUUUAUUAGGAGAAGGUUUAACAUGGCUAAUGGUUUAUAGAACAGAAAAAUAUCAGAAGUUAAAAUCUGAAGUAGAAAAACAAAGUAAAAAAUUGGAAAAGAGGAAAGAAGCGCACGGGGAUUCAUUAGACAAACAGCAAAAGAAAAAGAUUGAAAGAGAGGAAGAAAGAUUAAAAAAUAAUAAUAGAGACUUAUCUCUUGUAAAAAUGAAAUCAAUGUUUGCAAUUGGGUUUGCAUUUACUGCUCUUUUAAGCAUGUUUAAUAGCAUAUUUGAUGGAAGAGUUGUGGCAAGGUUGCCUUUUGUUCCAAUUAGUUGGAUACAAGGUUUAUCUCAUAGGAACCUUCCAGGUGAUGAUUAUACAGAGUGUUCAUUUAUUUUUCUUUAUAUACUGUGUACCAUGAGCAUUAGACAGAAUAUUCAAAAACUACUUGGAUUUGCUCCAUCUAGAACAGCAAGUAAACAGAGUGGAAGUAUUUUUGGCCCUCCACCACAACAAUUUAAAUGAAUUUAGAAAAAUUUUAUAAAUUAAUUACAUAUUUGCCAUUCUACUACACUUAAUGAAUGACUGAUAAUGAAAGAGAAGUUUUCAUAUAGAUUAAAAUUGAAGCUUAAUAUAUUAUAAUAUAUACUUAAUGUAUAUAUUAUCUUUUUAAAGAUAUUUAGCAUACAUACAAUAAAUAUAUAUUUAAUACUGAUCUUUUUUUAAUUUGUAUAUAAUACAUUGUUUUAAUAAACAUUAAAGGAUUGUUGAUAACUAAUUAUUUGUUAAUGAUUCUGAAUGUGAAAAAAUAUGAUUUUUAUUGAAACAUAAAAAUGUAACGAUAAUCAGAAAUAUUUAAAAAUAUUAAUGAAAAGAUAAUAAAAUGUUUAAAUAUAUUGUAAAGGGAGUCUUUUAAUUAGUAUAAUAAUGCAAUAUAUUUUAGAAAAUAGGUAUGACUCAUGUAUUCCAUCAAGCAGUUCUUAUACAACAAUCAAUGUUAUAUACAAACAUAACAAUCAAUCAUAUACAAAAAAUAACCACUACCCUUAAUUCGUAAAAAAUAUUUAAUACAAUAGUAUGCUUGCGAUCUCGUUUUAUAGAGAACAAGUUCACAUUUAUAAAUGAACAUGUACUCAACAAAUAUUAGAUCGUUUCGCAUUGAACUAUUUCAAAUUAUACAUACACGUUUUUACUAAAAAGUUGCCUUCUUUUAUAUUAUUACAUAGUAUUUUAAGCCUAAAACAGUCUCUUGUUAUUAGAGCUAGCGACAUUUUAUACAAAAUGGUACAAUUAUAAUAUUUACAAUCAAUCUACGUACACGACUAAAUGUAAGAUAUCUUAAUUUAAUAAAAAGUUAUUUAACUCAUUAUUUGAA